CGGCGGGGGCUCCGCCCCUCGGCCAAUCGGACCGACGCUCAACCCGAUCCCAGAUUCUCUUUGUUCCGCAGCCAUUUCAGGGCCCGGGGACUGUGUAGGCUGCGCCGCUACUGGCAGAAAGGGCCCGAAACGCCAGAGGCCUCUGGGAUGGUGUGGGACCGGCAAACCAAGAUGGAGUAUGAGUGGAAACCUGACGAGCAAGGGCUUCAGCAAAUCCUGCAGCUGCUGAAGGAGUCGCAGUCCCCGGACACCACCAUCCAGAGGACCGUGCAACAAAAACUGGAACAACUCAAUCAGUAUCCAGAUUUUAACAACUACCUGAUUUUUGUUCUUACAAAAUUAAAAUCUGAAGAUGAACCCACAAGAUCACUGAGUGGUCUCAUCUUGAAGAAUAAUGUGAAAGCACAUUUCCAGAACUUCCCAAAUGGCGUAACAGACUUUAUUAAAAGUGAAUGUUUAAAUAACAUUGGUGAUUCGUCUCCUCUAAUCAGAGCCACUGUUGGUAUUUUAAUUACAACCAUAGCCUCCAAGGGAGAAUUGCAAAAUUGGCCUGAUCUCUUACCAAAACUCUGUAGCCUGUUGGACUCUGAAGAUUACAACACCUGUGAGGGAGCUUUUGGCGCUCUUCAGAAGAUAUGUGAAGAUUCUGCUGAGAUUUUAGAUAGUGAUGUUUUAGAUCGUCCUCUCAACAUCAUGAUUCCCAAAUUUUUACAGUUCUUCAAGCACAGUAGCCCCAAAAUAAGAUCUCAUGCUGUUGCAUGUGUCAACCAGUUUAUCAUCAGUCGGACUCAAGCUCUGAUGUUGCACAUUGAUUCUUUUAUUGAGAAUCUCUUUGCACUGGCUGGUGAUGAAGAACCAGAGGUACGGAAAAAUGUAUGUCGGGCACUUGUGAUGUUGCUUGAGGUUCGAAUGGAUCGUCUACUUCCACACAUGCAUAAUAUCGUUGAGUACAUGCUUCAGAGGACCCAAGACCAAGAUGAAAAUGUGGCUUUAGAAGCGUGUGAAUUUUGGCUCACUUUGGCUGAGCAGCCAAUAUGCAAAGAUGUACUUGUAAGGCAUCUUCCUAAGUUGAUUCCUGUGUUAGUGAAUGGGAUGAAGUACUCAGAUAUAGAUAUUAUCCUGCUUAAGGGUGAUGUAGAAGAAGAUGAAACAAUACCUGAUAGCGAGCAGGACAUAAGGCCACGUUUUCAUCGAUCAAGGACAGUGGCCCAACAGCAUGAAGAAGAUGGAAUUGAAGAGGAAGAUGAUGAUGAUGAUGAAAUGGAUGAUGAUGAUACAAUUUCUGACUGGAAUUUAAGAAAAUGUUCUGCUGCUGCCCUGGAUGUUCUUGCAAAUGUUUACCGUGAUGAGCUACUGCCACAUAUUUUGCCCCUUUUGAAAGAGUUGCUUUUCCAUCAUGAGUGGGUUGUUAAAGAAUCAGGCAUCUUGGUUUUAGGAGCAAUUGCUGAGGGUUGCAUGCAGGGUAUGAUUCCAUACCUGCCUGAGCUCAUUCCUCACCUUAUUCAGUGCCUCUCUGAUAAAAAGGCUCUUGUACGUUCCAUCACAUGCUGGACUCUUAGCCGCUAUGCACACUGGGUAGUUAGCCAGCCACCAGAUACAUACCUGAAGCCAUUAAUGACAGAACUGCUGAAACGUAUUCUGGACAGCAACAAGAGAGUACAAGAAGCUGCCUGCAGUGCCUUUGCUACACUAGAAGAGGAGGCUUGUACAGAACUUGUUCCAUACCUUGCUUAUAUACUUGAUACCCUGGUCUUCGCAUUUAGUAAAUACCAGCAUAAGAACCUGCUCAUUCUUUAUGAUGCCAUAGGAACAUUAGCAGAUUCAGUAGGACAUCAUUUAAACAAACCAGAAUAUAUUCAAAUGCUAAUGCCUCCACUGAUCCAGAAAUGGAACAUGUUAAAGGAUGAAGAUAAAGAUCUCUUUCCUUUACUUGAGUGCCUAUCUUCAGUUGCCACAGCCCUGCAGUCUGGCUUCCUUCCAUACUGUGAACCUGUUUAUCAGCGUUGUGUAAACCUAGUACAGAAGACUCUUGCACAAGCCAUGCUGAACAAUGCCCAGCCAGAUCAGUAUGAGGCUCCAGAUAAAGACUUCAUGAUUGUGGCUCUUGAUUUACUCAGUGGUCUAGCUGAAGGACUUGGAGGAAACAUUGAACAACUAGUAGCCCGAAGUAACAUCUUAACACUAAUGUAUCAAUGCAUGCAGGAUAAAAUGCCAGAAGUUCGGCAGAGUUCCUUUGCCCUGUUAGGUGACCUGACUAAAGCUUGCUUUCAGCAUGUUAAACCUUGUAUAGCUGACUUCAUGCCAAUAUUGGGAACCAAUCUAAAUCCAGAGUUCAUUUCAGUUUGCAACAAUGCCACAUGGGCAAUUGGGGAAAUCUCCAUUCAAAUGGGUAUAGAGAUGCAGCCUUAUAUUCCUAUGGUGUUGCACCAGCUUGUAGAAAUCAUAAACAGACCCAACACACCAAAGACGUUGUUAGAGAAUACAGCAAUAACAAUUGGUCGUCUUGGUUACGUUUGUCCUCAAGAGGUGGCCCCCAUGCUACAGCAGUUUAUAAGACCCUGGUGUACCUCUCUGAGAAACAUAAGAGACAAUGAAGAAAAAGAUUCAGCAUUCCGUGGGAUUUGUACCAUGAUCAGUGUGAAUCCCAGUGGCGUAAUCCAAGAUUUUAUAUUUUUUUGUGAUGCUGUUGCAUCGUGGAUUAAUCCAAAAGAUGAUCUCAGAGACAUGUUCUGUAAGAUCCUUCAUGGAUUUAAAAAUCAAGUUGGGGAUGAAAAUUGGAGGCGUUUCUCUGACCAGUUUCCUCUUCCCUUAAAAGAGCGUCUUGCAGCUUUUUAUGGUGUUUAAUCUAAUGCACUUAAGCUGCAGUCCCAAAAUUAGGGGUCCUUCAGUCUUGGAGACUAUGAGGGAGCCUCUGCACCCAGGGAAAAUGUUACCCUUUACAGGGGGGAAGGGUAAACCAGUAGGGAAUACAGUACAAUCCCAACCCUACUGGGAGGGGCGGGAGGGAGGUGUUGCCGUCAACUGUAUUAAGUCGAUGUUGAGAAACGUUUUAACACCUGGAGCCUUUGUGGGUGGAAAUCUGUCUCCAAUUACAACUCUGCACUGGAUGUGAAGAAGCAAAAAAACAAAACAAACAAAAAACCUAUUCAGUCUACUCACCAAACAGUACUUUCUGGAAUAUUAUGGGGAAUUGUACCAAAACAAGAACCAUACAAAUGAUGCAUAGGGAUAAGAAAGAAAAAAAUUGCUUAGUGCACAAUAAGGGAAAUCUAAGAAUGGAAGUUAUGAGCAGUAAAGAAGCUUUUUUUUUUUUUAACUUAAUAGUUUUCCUAUAAAAUUUCCCAUGUUAAGGGGCUUUGUUUGCAUGCUGAUGAAGAACUACCCAAAGCUAAUAGAGUUAAAAUCAGCUUGCCUCCCUUGGUAGAACAGGUUCUUGGAAGUUACACUUAAAGGUACCCCCUGAAAAUGUUGGAAAUAAAAGCAAAACAAAUUUGACAAUGAAGCACCCUGUGAAAUGCCAAAUGAGUCACUCCUUCUACCUUUGUGGGCUGGGCAGGGAGGGAGGAAUAAAUGGGGUUGGGCAUAUCGAACUAAAGGUGACAUCUUAAUUUUACAUUAAAACUUUAGUGAAUAUAAUUUGAUGGUUGUACUUCAUUAGAUUUAAUUUCUAGGCCAACACCUUAUUUUAAAGUGCAGUUUAAGGUUCAGGCAUGCAUUCUGGCUCAUAGUAAUGGAAAGUAACUUAAAUUAGUGGGGAAGUAGCAUGCUUGCAUCACAUAGAGUGAGGUUGGUAUUCAUUUACCCAUGUUGCGCCAGUUUGUGUUGCAGUUUACCGAUUCAAUAUAGCCCUGCAUUUAAAAUUCCUUUAAGAUUCGUGGAUUUUAUUUUUAUUAAGAAUAUAGAUAUAUAAAGUACUGUAGUUUACAGCUAGGCCUUGAAAUAUCUUUUUAGGAUCUGUUAGGAAUAAGAUUGAUAUUGUAUUGUGUGUAACCUGCACAAUGUGGAAAGCUGAUAUACCUGUGCAAAAUCUUUGCCUCUGUGCUGUCAGUGUGGUGUGCUUUCUGCAUGGUUAUAUACUAUUAGUGAUUUUUAUCAAAAUUUCAAAUUACAUGGUAAAAGAUCUGUAAAAGGCUGCAUAAAUGUUAGUUGGCACAUAAAGACAAUUGUAGAAGUUGAAACAUGAUUGCUAUAUUUCAAUGUUUAUUCCCACUCAACAUAUUGCCUCUACGCUUUCCUUUUUUAUGUUCAAAGCAUGAUCUUAAAGAUAUGUUUAAGUUAAUGGAUGUAAUGCAGGGUUCCUACACUGUAUUGGCGCAUGUUGGUGGCCCUUUGUGCCCUAAAUAUAUGCACACAGGGUGCAAGUUACAAGCUACAGAGUGAAAGUUGGUUUGGAUCCUCUUCAUUUCAUUUGUUUAGCUUUUCUGUUAUUUUUCUCUACUUACAUGUAUUCCUGUGAAUAAAUCCUUGUUAAGUUAACCCUUUACUUUUCCUUCCAUGUGUAUUUUCUUAUAUACUGUGAAUGUGAAAACCUAACUGGUACACUUGAUCUUAUGUCCAUAUGAAAGUGCAAGUCUGUUAAUUUGGAUUGCCUGAGCAGUGUAUCCCAUGAUGAAGGAAAAUGGAGAGUUUUCUUUUUAACUCUGCUGGUCAGAGAUAAAGCCACACCUUUCCAUUUUUCAAUGCUGCAUACUUAAUCUGCAACAAAAUGUUAAGCCAUAACAACCUUUUUAUAUUUUAGUUUGUCACCUUUGCAUUGCAGAAUAAAUACUGAAUAACCAUUUUUAUAAGCAGUUGCUCCUCUUUGCAUGGUCCUUUUCUCUAAGUGUUGAAUGAUACAGCCAUCGCACUGAAGUUUAGCUGUGUGCGUGUGACUUUAUGUAAGUAGUUUCAAAAAAUUACAAAUGCAUGAUAGCAUGCAAAAUGGUUUUUGUCACUGUGUAUGUUCGACAUAUUCUUUUAUUUUCUCUUCUACUUUGGCUUUGCAAAUUUCAGUCUUUAAUCCAGUAAUGAAAUCAUUUUUAUGCCCAAUUUUUUAAUUAUAAGUUAGAUUCAAAAGUCUGUGGCAUUUUGCUUUCUAGUACAGUUACUUUACUGGGAGUUCAAAAUUUGCUUCUUAGUUAAUCUUUAUUGCAUGAGUGGAAUAGUUACUGUUUGCAAUAAUUUUUAGAGCUUAAUAUGGGCCAUAUUUUAAUAUUUUUACAUAGGUAGUAAAUAUUUUAAAAUAAAUGGCCACAUUCUUAAACAGUAAAAUGAAUACAUAGAAAAACGUCCAUAAAGUUAUCUGGACCUAUGAUUGACAAGUUUGUAUGUGACAAAAACAGUAGUUACCUAUGAUCAAAAAUUGAUUUCCAAGUCUGUAGAUGCCCUUUUUUGUUGUAACUAGGCUUGUUUCUAAAUGAAAAUUUUAAAUAGAGAAUUCCGUAUCUAUGACUGACACCCUGAGAGGAGCGCAAGGGUUUUGUCUGCCUUUCCCCCAGUGAGGCUAUUGUCUGCUCCUCAUCUGUGUCUCAGAUAGCAUAGUGUAGGACAGGAAUUUGCAGAAGCCAUUUAAGUUUUCUUUUGAGAUAAGCUCUGAUUUGGCAUUUGUUUGAUAAAAACCUAAUACAUCAUGGGAUAUAUACAAAGCAACUUAAUUCUUGUGGUGUUAGUCUUAAUAGUUUUGAAUGUUGACUGAAUGUCUAUGAAAUUGUGAGUUUGUCAUUGUUACAUUCCAGUGUUUCUGCCUCUAGGCAUGCUUAAAGCACGGCUUAUUUCAUCUGCUCCUUACACACUAAAAUGCUGUUAGUGUGCACAACUACAGAAACAGCCGCUGCUAAGUGAUGUAGAUUUUCUACUUGAAUAUUUUUAUGUUGUAGGAACCUCAGGAGGUCAGUGUUUACUGUUUUAUAUAUAUGCCUUCUUUUUCCUGUUUGAGCUUUUCUCUUUGAAGGAUUCUAACAGACAAAAGCUGCUGAUCAACCUAAGUUGGACACAGGAAGUGUGUUUAAUAUCAUUCAAAUGCAUUUUGGCAGUUCCAUGUUACAGCCCAUUAGCCAGUGAACUUAGUGCCACAGAUAGUCAUAUUCAGGAAAUGAUUUUGCUUUUUUAUUGUCUAAUCUCUUUAAUGACUUCAUACUGUGUAAAAAAAAUCACUUUUAUAUUUUGGUUGGUUAUUUCCAAAAUAAUCAACUUGUAAAUAUCUUUAAGAGCCAGUUCUGAUGCUUUACAUUAUUGCUACUUGGUUUUGUUACGCAAGUUUGAUUUCAGAAUAGAUUUUAAAACACUUAACUAAGCCAUUACAUCUUAAAAACAAAACAAGUAGCAUACAUUUUGUAAUUAACAUAUUGAUAAACACUGUGAUUUUUUGGUUAAGACUUUUUCAUUGAUCUGAAUUGCUUAAAUUGCAUAUAUUGUAAAAUAGUCAGAUGUAUAUUUUAAAAUAAUUUCAGCUGACUUUCCUCUUGAAAUGCUUUGUCUACUCACUUACGAAAUAUUCAGAUACAAGUUUUAUCUCAGGUGAAUAUCCUUGUAUCGUUUUUGCUUUAGUGACAUGCUUGUAAAGGGUCAUCAUACAUAACAGUCUUUGGAGGGUUUUUUAGUAUAUUUCAUUGAAAAUCUUCCCUGUUAGUCUGAUUUUUUUUUUCCAGUUAUUCUAGCAGACUGGAGUGAUAUAGAACCCUCGUCACAAACCCUUGGCAUACAGAUUUGCCUGAAAGUGAGUCAGGUUUGGUUCUUUCCAAAACUCUCAAAAUAGGAAAAUAAGAAACUUCAUCCCUAUAUAAAGAUAUUCUAUAUAUCUGAGAUACCAGAAUUAAAUUAUGUCUUAAACUUUUGUCUAAAUUUCAUCUUUGCCAUGAGGAAAAAACAUGUUUUGUUUUGUUUUUGCUUUCUAUAGCUAAUCUAUAUGAUUCAUAUUGAAUGUAUUAACAGAUACCGGUGCAAAAACAUUCUUUCCAAGGAAGAGUGUGUUGUGCGUAACUGCAGUUCAAGUCCUCCCUUUAGUAGUACUCAGAGUGCACACAGCUUGCUUAGGGAGUUACUUUGCAAGUACUACAAGGGGGAAAACACUAACUUGCUACUAGUACUGUUAAUAAAAUGCAGGCAUUGGACUCUGUAAGGAAACUGGUCUUGUGGUUAAGAUCCUGGGAUAAUUCAGAUGGAAAAAUCAGAUUAGUGGUGACCUGUGUUGUUAAUAUUAAAUAGUAUUAAUACCAUGGAAUAGCAUUGCAUACCAACUUCGUGCAUUUUGUACUGUAUGAAAUAUGGCGAUGCUUCCAAUGUCUCUUUAAAGUUUUCACCUGAAAGUUAGUUCCAUUCACCUGUGCAGCUUCUGGGUGACUUUGUGACUAGCUUUUUCAGUCGAUACAGAUCUUUCCCAUGUUGGUAUUAUAUACAUGUAGAUAAUUCUCUAUGCCUAAUUAUUAUACUUAUAAAUUAAGGUAUACAUUUAAUUAUAGCAACUGUUUAUUGUGGUUUGUAUCCCAGAAUGUAUUGCGUUUAAAUUAAAAGAUGCAUAAAACUGAAUGUAUGCAUGAUUUUGAGGGAAAGUUAAAACUGGUUUUUUUUUUCCCAUCUCUUGUACAUUUAAACCAAGCCAAAUAUAUUUGCCAAGCAGUAGGUCACUAAAUUACAAAAAAACAGUAGUUUUAGCAACAAUUUUUGUUUGCCAUAGACCACCCAUAUACUGUGGCUUGGUAUUAUACAGAACUAUCUGUUUUACAGGUCUAAUCACCUUGCUAAAUUUAGCCUGCUAUAACAUGGUUAGCCUAUAAGGCAGUGUUGGUCCCCUCCUAAUGUCAGCCUCAUAAAGGGAUUCCACUGUACUUUCCUCAUAUCAUUUCGUUGUCAUUUUCCUUUGUGGAUCUAUAACCAAAUUGAGUUUCAUUGAUUUUUUUAUGAAGAUAAUUAGACAAUACUAUAUUAGUGAUUUUACUUAAUAGGUUAUCAUCUUAAGAGAUGCUUAAAUGUGGUAAAUCACUUCAUGUUAUGAAACAGUUUUACACUUAAUAUUCAUGUUAACAUUGGGUGCAAUAAUUUAGUAGUCUUAGCUUUAGUUAUAAAUAACUGGAUCUUUUCGCUGACAACUUAGGUUGUAUGAGUAAUGCUUAAAAGCUUUAAAUCUGGUGUUUCCUGUACUUGCCACACUUUGUUAGAAUGUGUCCUUCAAACAUCCUCCUGCAACUUCUUCAAACUGUACUAAAUUGAUAUUUCUUGAUGUCUAACUCUGUGCUAACAGAUCUUCAUUUUAAAUAGAAUACGGUUUUAAUUUUUGAUAAGCUGCUGAAUUUUAAAGAGAGUUUUUUGGGGCCACCAAAUAUUUUGGAUCAUGCAGAGAAUAUAUAUUGUACUGUAGUAAUUUUGUAUUUACAUUUGUAUGAUGUGACAUAAUAGAUGUGAAUGUUAAUCACUGCUUGACUAUGUUAAUAAAGUUGUUUAACUAUA